AUAGAUAGAUAGAUAGAUAGCUUAAUGAAUAAACUUCGAGCCCCAUAAUGCAUCAUUUUCAGCGCUUGCCUUGACAUUAGUGUGUGUGGAGUCUGCUCAGUGCACUUGUGUAAGGGAUGUCUGAUUCAUUUCUGCGAAUCGGUUCGUUCGGGCAGUUUGCUCCAAUGAACCGGUUCAAUUAAACGAUUCACAGUAUUAAACCUCGGGAUAUUUAGCUAUAUCAUUGUAGCUUGUUUUUCUUAAGAGAAAUGUUGCGUGAAAUGCGCGUUGUUUUGGGUCCACCUAAGAUUUAUUUUAUUUGACUUCAGUCGUACGCUUCGCGAAUCGCUCUGACUGAAUCAUUCAAUAGAAUUGAUUCAUCCUAAUGACCAAGUCAGGCUUCGGUUAGGCUCCAGUGCGUGCGGAUGCAGGGAAGAUGGAGGAAGAGGCAGGAGCGGUCUGAGGACAUAUAGAUGCGGAUUAUUGCGCUGUCAAAUUAUCAAAGGGCAAAAGACAGCUUUAAUGGACACGACGUCGAGCGCAUUUCAAUGGCAGACAUUCAACAACCGAACUCUAAACGAGCGAUGCCCACCUGCAUUUAUCUAAAUAGAACGCCUUUAUUUUAACAGUUCGUCUCUUAAAGAGCAUGCGGAAAAGGUUUUGCAAUAGACAUCAUCUUCGGAAUCUCCAUAUAAAAAAAUCUUAUAAGAAAGAUUAAUGUGGAUAACGGGAAUGUUUGCCGUUGUUUGUAUGCGGAGGAUGGAGAAAACGAAGGAUAAUAAACAUGAGCCCGAAUGUCCUUUAGUGCUCGCUGGGAUUUGGAAUUUGCGCAUUCUGCUGUCGGCAUUCUGUGCGUUAUGACGCCAUAAUAGAACUUCGGGAUCCGCCGUUCGACGCGUUCUAAAGUAACGUUAAACAAAGGGAUUUUCUAGCGUGUAGAGAUGAGGGUGCCGCGAGUGCUUCUGUGUUCAUGGGCACUGAUGACCCUUCUCCCGGGCAGCACCUCCGCUGGCAGCUCGGACUCACUGUUGCUCCGUGUCCCUCUGCAGCAGGGGCCCCUGUCACAGCCCGCGCCCCCCCGGGGCCCCCCGAGAGUCGCCCGGACACGCAGAGGAGUCCGUGGGAUGAGUUUUGUAAACAUGAUUGACAACCUUCGUGGAAAGUCAGGACAAGGUUAUUACAUCGAAAUGGCCGUGGGCACCGCACCUCAGAAGUUGAACAUCUUGGUUGAUACGGGCAGCAGUAAUUUUGCAGUCGGCGCCGCCGCUCACCCGUUCCUCCACAGAUAUUACCAUCGGUCUCUUUCGUCCUCGUACAGAGAUCUGGGCCGCGGUGUGUAUGUGCCGUACACACAGGGCCGGUGGGAGGGCGAGCUGGGCACUGAUCUGGUGUCGAUUCCUCACGGCCCAAACGUGUCUCUGAGGGCCAACAUCGCUGCAAUCACCCAGUCGGAUCGCUUCUUCAUCAACGGGUCCAACUGGGAGGGAAUACUGGGGCUGGCCUACGCUGAGAUCGCAAGGCCGGAUGAGACUCUAGAGCCGUUCUUCGACUCUCUGUUGAGACAGACCAGCGUCCCGGACGUGUUUUCUCUGCAGCUCUGUGGAGCGGGGUUCACCCAGAACUACAGCGCCGGCAGCUCCACUGUAGGGGGCAGUAUGAUCAUUGGGGGAGUAGAUCCGUCCUUGUAUGUUGGGGAGCUAUGGUACACACCAAUCAGACGAGAGUGGUAUUAUGAGGUCAUCAUUGUGCGCAUUGAGGUUAACGGACAGGAUCUCAACAUGGACUGCAAAGAAUACAACUAUGAUAAGAGUAUUGUGGACAGCGGCACUACAAACCUGCGUCUCCCUCGUAAAGUUUUCCAGGCUGCUGUGAAGGCCAUUGAAGCGGCUUCAUCGACUGAACAGUUUCCUUCAGGCUUUUGGCUGGGGGAGCAGCUGGUGUGUUGGCAGGCGGGCACCACACCCUGGCAUAUCUUCCCUGUCAUUUCUCUCUACCUAAUGAGUGAAAAUAGAAACCAGUCCUUCCGAAUCUCCAUCCUGCCACAGCAGUACCUGAGGCCGGUGGAGGACGUGGCGUCGGCACAGGAGGACUGUUAUAAAUUCGCUGUGUCUCAGUCGAGCACUGGUACAGUAAUGGGUGCCGUCAUCAUGGAGGGCUUCUAUGUGGUGUUUGACCGAGAACACAAACGCAUCGGCUUUGCUGUCAGCACAUGUCACGGUGAGAGAUACUCCUCGGCACUUACAGUCGCCUUUAAAAACACUUGUGUUUCCAUCCAAAGUUGCGAAUUUAACUCAUGCGCAAAAUAGAAACAUUUGCAAAUAAAGGAGCAUUUCCAUCCAGUGAGUCGAAGAGAACAAAUUCGUCACUUCCUGAUAUACUGAUGCUAAAUAUCACUUAGAAAAGUAGGAGAAGCCAAUGUACAUUAUGUA